GUGGGCAGCGGGCGCCAUUGUGCUGUGGAGCAGGCCGCGGCGGAGCGCGUUCGUGGGCCUCCCGGCGCCCUCUCCCCGUGCUCCUCUCCCUCGCGUUCGCUUCCUUCUCCUCCUCCUUCUCCUUCCCUCCCCUUCCCUCCCCCCUGGCCGCGGACAUGCCGCGCGUUUACAUCGGCCGCCUGAGCUACCACGUCCGGGAGAAGGACAUCCAGCGCUUCUUCAGCGGCUAUGGCCGCCUGCUCGAGGUCGACCUCAAAAACGGUUACGGCUUCGUGGAGUUUGAGGACUCCCGAGACGCCGAUGAUGCCGUUUACGAGCUGAACGGCAAGGAUCUGUGCGGGGAGCGCGUGAUCGUGGAGCAUGCCCGCGGACCCCGCCGCGACAGGGAUGGAUACAGCUACAGUAGUCGCAGUGGGGGUGGUGGCGGAUAUAGCAGUCGGAGACAAUCUGGAAGAGAUAAAUAUGGACCGCCUGUUCGUACAGAGUACAGACUGAUUGUUGAAAACCUUUCCAGUCGCUGUAGUUGGCAGGAUUUGAAAGAUUUCAUGAGGCAAGCUGGGGAGGUAACCUAUGCAGAUGCACACAAAGAACGUACAAAUGAAGGCGUAAUUGAGUUCCGAUCAUACUCGGACAUGAAGCGUGCCCUGGACAAACUGGAUGGCACAGAGAUAAAUGGAAGGAAAAUCCGGCUGGUUGAAGACAAGCCACGGUCAAGCCAUAGGCGAUCUUACUCUGGCAGUAGGUCAAGGUCACGAUCUAGAAGACGGUCUAGAAGCAGAAGUCGUAGAAGUAGGAGCAGCCGCAGCAGGUCCCGUAGUGUCACUAAAAGUCGUUCCAGAUCUAAAUCCAGGUCACGAAGCAAAGACCGCUCACGUUCCAGAUCUAAAAGCAGGAAGUCUAGAUCAAAGAGCAAAUCAAAACCCAAGUCUGACAGGGGUUCGCGCUCUCACAGCAGAUCCAAGGAGAAGUCUGAGAAGUCUCGAUCCAGGUCCAGGUCCAGGUCUCGAUCUCCCAAAGAAAAUGGUAAAGGAGAUGCUAAGUCUAAAUCCAGGUCAAGGAGUAGGUCUCGUUCCAAUUCUCCACAGCAGCAGCCAUCUACCAAGGCUCGUUCAGAGUCACCACCCAAAAGAGCUGCAUCGAGGUCCUGUUCCAGAUCUCGUUCAAAGUCUCGCUCACGAUCAAGAUCUAGUUCAAGAGAUUAAGACUAGAACUCUCCUCUUAUAUUGCACACUAUUGCGGAACAUUUUUCCUACUUGUCAGGCCAUUAAUGUUACAUUAGUACUUCAGAAGUUUUUUUCUAUUGCAGGAGCAGAUGGCCUAAGAACUAAGUAAUGAGGCAUAAAGGUUUAAUUUGUAUCCUAAAUUUGAAAUUACAAGAUUGGAUGGUGGUACAAAGCAGGAAAAGCUCCCCCCCCCCACUUUUUUUUUUUUUUUAGAAAUUCAUCUAAAACUUUGAUUUUAUAAUAUUUCCACAGGAGUAACUUAACUACUCUUAAGUGUAAAGUGGUUUUUAUAUUAAAUGAAUAUAACAAGCUUAAAUCUGGGCUUUUUUGAACGUAUCAUUUUUUUCAUUUUUUCAUGGUUUUAGAACUGAGUAUCAUUGGCUUCAUAGGUUUACAGCUUGCUACCAAAGGUAGGAUUGCCUCGCUGAGCAGGUCAGAUAAUUCUCUAGCUUAUCUUAAUUUAUGGGAGCAGGCUGCAAAACUGUAAACUGUUAACAAUACUAGGAAAACCUUAGACCAGCAAUAAACUCAAGUUGGAGCAUUUGUUUUGCAUCUUAACUUGCCAAAAGAACAUUCCCCACAUGAUACUGUGACUGUAUUAAAGGUAAUAAAGGUACUCUGUAACCUGUGUCGUACAGUAUUGCUGCAAAUCAUACUUUAGAAACUUAAAAGAAUGAAAGCUCUCUGACAUUUUUUUUGCUUGACUAUCAAGUGACAGUUGUCAGACACUAAUGUCUCUUGGAUGUGGUCCAAGUCACUAGUAUGUUGUAUGAUUUGUCAGCCUCUAAAUAUCUAUUGGAUAUGAAAACUAGCUAAAUAAAGCUGUCUUCCCUCCCUUUUGACUCAUUUACGUUAACAUUUUGCUUCAGAAUAGAACUACAAUCCUGUUGUGUGUGAAUCUGAACUUUACUGGAAGUGUAAUCUCUUUGAGCUAGAGUUCUAGUCUUAACAAAGGCUUUGCUAAACCACAGUUGCCAAUUCACUUAAAUUGUGGAAUAGAACUUGUCCCAAAAACUCCCCUUUGUAGCUAAAUUGAUUUUUGUAACAUGCAAUAGGAAACAUUAGAACUGCCUUGUACUCUUUAUACAAUGUGUAGUUUGACUUGUAUAAAAUUAAAUUGGUGACUCAAGCUCUUGUGUUUAUUAUAGUGUUAUGGACUUCUGGGGGAAUGCUGGCGAAAUAAUUUAUCCUACUUACCUCUUUGACUGGAGUAACUACUUUGCUUUAGCAGGAGACUUGGGAAUUUUUGAAAUAAAGUUGGUUUUGUGCUUGA